AAGAAUAAAAAAUAAUUCGUCAGUAUAAACGGAAGUUAACAUUGACCCAAUAACAAUCUUACAUUUAGCGUUUUUAUUGUUAUUUAGACGUUUAUUAACACCCUGGAACUCAAUAUGAAUCCCUCGACUGCACAGCGUCACAUAUUUACACCUGGUAGUCUUUAAUUCGCGUUGUCGACAGGACGAUAUAUGUUUUCUAGCUAGCUAGCUGCUAACAAUGGCUAACUGUAUGGUUUUUCACACUCAAAUAGCCUCCAUCAUGGAGGUGCUAGCGAAUGCAGCUGUAGCAGAGAUCUGUAAAAUCGUGGACGACGACUAUGCAGUGGUUCGUUUGGAAAUAACUCAAAGCCAUAAAGAAAACAGGGGAUUGCGGAGGAAACUACAGCUACUGGAACUGAAGAUGGCACGGGAGCGCGCAGAGAAGACAGCGCGGGAGCGCGUCCUCACCAGUCGUCCCAGUAGUGUGAAACUCCUCGACCGAUACAGAGGAAUGGCAAGGGGCGAAGGACAUCUCACUCGAGGCCACAGGAGCUUUGCGAAGCCAGCAGGACAUAACACGUUUAGAGAUGACCAACCAAUCACUGUUGAUGAGGGGAGUGGAACCUCAACCCAGCAUGUUAUCGUGAUACAGUCUGCAGAGGCUGCAGUCACUGGGGUGAAGCUGGAGAGGUCUGAAGGAGAGGAGGACCCACGGCACAGCAGAGACAUCCAGACUGGAGCGUCCCAUGUAGCCACGGAGGACCUCACCGCCAUCGCGCCCAGGACCCGAAGCAGAAUCACGGAGGAUCUGACCACAGGUCAGACCCAGAGGGGCUGGGGCGACUGGGCUGUCCUGUUCUCAGCUCAGAUUAUUUACUUUACGGUAACCCGAGCCUGAGGACUGUUCAUUCCCAUCGAGACUCAGGUGACGUGUUAAAGGCUGGCAGUGAUCUGUCUUGUUCUUACACUACAGAGAUGGACUCUGGCAACAUAUCCUUGGGUUUAGAGACACACACUGAUCUGUCUAGAGGAGACUGGAACCACUACAGUAGUAGUGUGUACUAUGAAGGGUGCCUAGAUAAGAGGUUAUAGUCAUUGAUGAAGUGACUGAAAGUGGAGGGUGAUGCUCCUCCCACAUGGAAUGUGGAUGAGACUCACUUAGGAGAAGGACACUCACAAGGCAGAGAUUUCUUAGAGUACAGGGAAAGCUUAGAGACAAAUCCAAAUGUCGCGACCCACUCCCCUUUACACACACUCAGGGAUCGAGACCCAGUGUCCACGUUGAUGGGGCCUUUCAAUUCACAUGGCCGCCAUGUCCUUUUUGAUGAGCUAUUGAACUCAAACAACAGGGUUAGAGCCCAGGCUCAGGGAGGGGGAGCAACAUCAGGCAGUAGUAAAGAGAAACGGUUCCUCUGCAUGUUCUGUAACAAAGGCUUCAGCUGCCUCCAGAAUGUAAAGACCCACCAGAGGGUCCACACAGGGGUGAAACCCUUCAGCUGUACCCAGUGUCAUAUGUCCUUCAGCCAGGCCUGCAACCUGAAGAGGCACCAGAGGGUCCACACAGGGGAGAAACCCUUCAGCUCUACCAAGUGUCAGAUGAGGUUCACCCACUAGAACAAGCUAAAGAUGCAUCUGAAGGUCCACACAGGAAAAAGGCUGUUUGCCUGUUUGCGCUGCAGGAAGAGGUUCUCAGAGAGGAGAUACCUCAGGAUACACAGGCAGAAAAAACAUUCCACUCUAUAACAUAGAAAGUAACCAUUCCACUCCAUAGCUUCUGACGUUUAGAUCAAAUCCUGCAUUAAAGAUUCAUUUUCAUUGUCAGCAGAAAAUAUCCACAGGUGCAUUUAGAAUAGUGAGAUGAACAUAUUUCAGUGUUGAAUAUUCCUGGGUAGAAUAUUGCAUCCAGACAUUGUGAUAUAUAAGGCCUAUAUAAGCCUAAAAAGUCUGUUACAUAUUGUGUUUGUACUGUGUAGGCUAUAUGAUGUUCAAACAGAUUGAGACAUAUUUUAAAUGUACAUUUUAGCAGGCACUCUUAUCCACAGUGAAUUACAGUUAAUGCAUUCAUUUUAAGAAAGCUGGGCUAAAUAACCACGUAACACUGUCGUAGCAAGUACAUUUCCUUAAA